AGCCCGGAGGCCGCAAGGGCUUUCCUGAGUCACGGUGAAUUGCCCUCACUUAACAUGGCGCUGGCCAGUCUGCUGGAGCCGCAAUUCCUCUCGAAUGGGCCCGGUUUUUUCGGGCCCCGCGGCGGGGCGAAGAUGUCCGGGGACCUGGCGUUGGCCGCCCCUUACGCCGGGCUGACGGCGGGCGACGCCAAAAUCGAGCUGGAACACGGUACCACCACCCUGGCUUUCAAGUUCCAGCACGGCGUGAUUGUGGCGGCGGACUCAAGGUCCACGGCUGGUGUCUAUGUCGCCUCGCAGACGGUCAAAAAAAUCAUCGAGAUUAACCCUUACCUGCUGGGCACCAUGGCUGGCGGGGCGGCGGACUGCAGCUUCUGGGAGCGGCUCCUCGCCCGGCAGUGUCGGAUUUACGAACUCCGCAACAAGGAGAGGAUCUCGGUGGCGGCUGCCUCCAAGCUCUUGGCCAAUAUGGUGUACCAGUAUAAAGGCAUGGGCCUGUCCAUGGGCACCAUGAUCUGUGGCUGGGACAAGAGAGGACCAGGUGAGGGAAAUGUAGCUAUUUCUUUUGUAGAUUAAUGAGGGGGGGUGAAA